CUACCUACGUGCCUCUUAAAGAAGACACGGGCGCUGGGAGCUGAUGCAAUGAUUGACAGGGUUCAGUAGCGCCCCGUCCCGCCCGCGGUCAACAGCGACUUGGACGUUGGAUGUUGAGACAACGACGACAUCCGAUCUCACAGCAGCCUUCCGUGUGAUAUCAACAAACUUGUCUGCCAACGGUUUUCAACAGAUAUCGCGACAAUGGCCCAAGUUCCGGUCCAAACGAUCCAUAGGGAUCCCCAGUUAUUCUACUGGAUCCUCUUCCCCAUCACGAUUGUCAUGAUCCUGACGGGUGUACUCCGACACUAUGCGAGUGUGUUGAUGCAAUCCGCCCCCAAGAAGCUCGAUCAGAAGGCCAUCCGCGAACAGCGCUCCCUUCUCCAUGGAAUCAACUUGCGCGGAAACUUCCACGCCCUCUCCAAGAAGUCGUUCGCCACACGCCGCGAUGCCCUCGUCACAGCCUUCGAGUCGGGCGCCUACCUCAAGGACCCUGAGCGCGCCGGACAGGGCCAGCCCAACCCACUGAGCGAUCCAAGCUCAAUGGAGGGCAUGAUGGGCAUGAUGAAGAACCAGAUGGCCAUGAUUAUCCCCAACACGCUGAUUAUGAGCUGGAUUAAUGCGUUCUUCAGUGGUUACGUUAUCAUGAAACUGCCUUUCCCUUUGACUAUCAAGUUCAAGAGCAUGCUUCAGGCAGGUGUCAUGACCAAGGAUAUGGAUCCCAGAUGGAUGUCCAGCAUCAGCUGGUACUUCCUCUGUAUCUUCGGUCUUCAAUCCGUCUUUAACUUCUUGCUCGGCAGCGAUAAUGCUGCAAGCCAAAUGGCUCAGCAGAUGGGAGGGAUGGGCGCGGCACCCCAAAUGUUCGGCCCCGGCGUCGAUCCCGAUAAGCAGUUCAAGGCCGAGGCCGAGAACCUCGCGGUUAUCGAGCAUUACUCGGUCCUCGACAAUGUUGAGGAGCGUCUUCUUGAGGGCAUUACGGUAUAAACUGAACAAACGGCCUAACCUGAGAUGCCUCGAAACCAGACCACGAAAAUUCUACACGCCGUGAUCAGUUUAGGGUGAAGAAAUAUAAUUGGAUAACAACAUAAAACGCCCCUCCCAAUGCUUGGUCUAGGCCUUGAUUCUCUCGCCUACGUGACGGAGUGGGCCAUUCUACUCCCACCACAGACAGCAUCCCAGUCCUCCUUCCUUCAUGGAACCCGUGAUCUUAUAUGGCGGUAGGAGCUGGUUUGCAGUCUGGUCGACUUCCACCGGGCCUGUUGGUGUUUGGUCGUGCCACUCCUCGCCGAUAACUCGGAAACGGACCAUCUCGUUGUUGUCAAAGUACAGCUCCUGGCCUUCUUCCUUCCAUACCCAGACCUUCUCGGUUGUGUCGCUGAGGAUGAGAUGUUAGCAUGUCCCGGAAAGACGCCAUGGGAAAUGAGCUGGUACUCACAACUCUGAGUUGUCCGGCAGCUCCGCGGCGGGAACAAAGAUAUCAUUAAAGAAGUCCAUGCCAACUGCAGGAGAACAGACGUGUUAGGCUCAAGACAGUGAACUAAAAAUGACAGAGACGGGGAUUGAAGGAUGGAACUGACGGUAUAUGCCUUCCUCGGUCUGGUGGGUGAUGCGUGCGAGAAUGACUUCGUGCUUGAAUGGCCUGAAGACCACCAUCUCGAACUCAACUGCAUAACAUGUCAGUGAUGACAGGAGAGCACUAGGAUACGAAUUUCAUCAUACCGUUCACGUUGACUAAACCACUGCCAUGACCUAUCUGACCUUCUGAUGUCCAAGUGACAUCCCACAAGCAGACGAAAAGGCCGACUUUCUGUACCACCUGUAGGCCAAGACAGCGAUUAGAU